AUGCCUAGAAAAAAGACGGGAAUAUGUUAUGCGCGCCAAGUGAGGCGCGCUAUUAUAGAGGCAUACCUCGUAUCGAGUGGUUCCGGUAUACCGGGAAGAGUCAUGAGGGUGGAUGAGGACGGACGGUACGGUCAGGAUCUCGAGGCUGUCAUUGGACAUGGUUCCUUGUUUGAUCUGGAAGGGGGCUGUGCAACGCAUUUCCCUUCUCCAUCGCACAAAGCAGACCGCGGACCCAUCUUUGUUUUGGCAAGGGAUGGAUGUCGAUUGUGGGCUUUUGUUACUCAUCCUGGAUCUCCUGGCCGUUCUCCAUUCCACUCGCGCAACGCAACGCAACGCAACGACACGUCACGGGCCUCCUUUCCUGAGACAACCAAUCGAGGACAAGACGAGAGUCAUCAGAAACCCAAGGUGGAUUCUCUGGCCAUGAGAGCGCCCCUUGUUUCGCCACGGAACAUCCAGCAAUGA